AUGGGCAACAGCGGCAACCAAAAGACGUUCCCUCCUCCCUGUGUUAUGGGCACUGAGGAAAUCAUGUCCAAGAAAGCACAUGGAACUUCCGCCGUUCCUAUUCAAGAGAACCUCCGUUGGGGAUGUGACAAGGAAACUGCCAGUCGAAUCUGCAACUACAACAGGCACUAUGCGGAGCACAGUGGAUAUUUCGAGAAGAAGCCCCUCUUUUUGGAGGAAUGCAAGACUGCCAACGGUGGUGAAAUCAACUUUUACGACUCCAACACAGGCAAGGUCCUCUUUUCGGCUCCUCGAGGACGUACCAUGGACGAAUUCUUGGUGGAAAGCCGUGCCCAUGGAUGGCCCAGCUUUCGUGAUGCCGAGGUCAACUGGGAAUCGGUCCGUUGUCUCCCGGAUGGUGAAACUGUCAGUGUCGAUGGAACACAUUUGGGACACAAUUUGCCGGAUCGUUCUGGUUCCAGAUACUGCAUCAACCUCGUUUCCGUUGCUGGAAACCCUGUGAAUUGA